AUGGUGCUGAGCGCGGAUCAGGUGAACCUCAUCGGACAGGUGUUUGAGUCCUACGUGCUGGAGCACCACAGGGACGACAUCCUGGGCAUCCUGAGGGAGGCCGACGACGAGGCGCACUAUCCCGUCGUCGUCGACGCCUUGACGCUCUUUGAGACCAACAUGGAGAUCGGGGAGUAUUUCAAUGCCUUCCCCGGCGAGGUCCUCCCGAUUUUCGACAGCGCGCUGCGCCGGGCUGCCCUGGCAGCACUGCAGGCUGCCGCGGCCCCUCCGCAGCUCAGCAUGAAGCAGAACCUCCACGCCAGGGUCUCGGGUUUGCCUGUUUGCCCAGAGCUGACUCGAGAGCACAUUCCUAAAACCAGGGAUGUGGGUCACUUUUUGUCUGUUACUGGGACUGUCAUACGUACCAGUUUGGUGAAAGUUUUGGAGUUUGAACGGAGUUAUAUCUGCAAUAAGUGCAAGCAUGUGUUUGUCGUCAAGGCUGACUUUGAACAGUACUACGCAUUCUGUCGUCCAUCAGCCUGUCUUAAUGAAGAAGGCUGCAACUCAACCAAGUUCACAUGUCUCUCUGGAACAACCUCUUCUCCUACCUGCUGCAGAGACUAUCAAGAAAUCAAAAUUCAGGAACAGGUUCAAAGACUGUCUGUUGGAAGCAUCCCUCGUUGCAUGGUGGUUGUUCUGGAAGAUGACUUAGUGGACAGUUGCAAGUCUGGAGAUGACAUCACAGUGUACGGAGUGGUAAUGCAGAGGUGGAAACCUUUCCACGAGGAUGCACGCUGUGGCUUGGAGCUUGUUUUGAAAGCCAACUAUGUUAAAGUAAACAAUGAGCAGCUAGCAGGGGUUGUAAUUGAUGAAGAAGUCCGCAAGGAAUUUGAAGACUUCUGGGAAAAGCAUAGGAAUGAUCCCUUAGCAGGGAGGAAUGAAAUUUUGGCUAGCUUAUGUCCUCAAGUUUUUGGAUUGUACGUGGUGAAGUUGGCAGUAGCCAUGGUGCUUGCUGGUGGUGUACAGAGGACUGAUGCUACUGGAACUCGAAUCAGAGGUGAAUCGCAUCUUUUGUUGGUUGGAGACCCAGGUACGGGGAAAUCUCAGUUUCUCAAGUAUGCAGUAAAGAUUAUACCACGGUCUGUGCUUACUGCGGGAAUUGGAUCUACAAGUGCAG